AUGUGGUUUUCCCUCUUUACCUGUCUUUUUCCACCUGUUUCCUCUCUUUCCUUUCCCAUUCGUUGUGCCAAUCACCAUUCUGAAUCGCCAUUUCCCCUCCAUUUUUGAAUUAGUUUUCUAGCUUAUAGUGUUCCUUUCCAGAACUUCUCAUUCCUAUUAUCAUUCUUUCCCCUAUACAUUUAUUUUAUUAUCCCAUUCGGAUGCCUUUUCUUCGUCAUCAUUCCUUUAAUUUCCUGAGUCCCCGCGUGUUGUACUUGGGCCCUGUUCGUUUUUCCUCAGAUAAACAUUAUGGCGAGAUCUCUAUAUGUCAGCAAUGAAGAUCCCAUUUUUUUCGUUGUUUUUAGCCAAUUGGUGGCCUAAAGUCUCAGUUGCAGUAACUGAACUUGACUUUAGUCACAAGAAACUUCUUUCAAUAACUGUUUUUGUUGUCACAAAAAGAUAAUAAUGAUAUGAAAUCGAAUUAUAUUGCUGUAUUUUAUUCGUCGAUUGUCUUUGGUACUAGGAAAAGGGAAAAAAAAUUAUUCACCCAUCAUUUUUACUCAUAUAUUCUCUCAAUUUGUCUAGUCGUCAUCCAGAAGUGAAGUGGGCUGAGAGGGUCGACAAAGUUUUUAUUACUAUCCUAUUACCAGAUGCCAAAGCUGUGAAAAUUCAUCUUGAACCUGAGGGUGCGUUGAUUUUUUCUGCAAAUGCUGGUGCAGAAAAUCACCUCUACGAACUGAAAUUGGAUCUACAUGAUAAGGUUAAUGUAGAGGUAAUGAUUCUCGGACGGAUUUCCCAAUGUGGUGAUGCUUCAUUCAAUUUAAGUUAAUGAUCUUAAUCAUUUCUUCCUUUUCUAUUGAUCAUUCAGGAAAGCAAAAUAAAUAUAGGUGUCAGAAAUAUCUUUUGUGUGGUUGAAAAAGUAGAGAAGACUUGGUGGAGUAAGCUGUUGAGAGGUGAUGCCAAGCCACCCCACUACAUCAAAGUUGAUUGGGACAAAUGGGUGGACGAGGACGAGGACGCCGGUCAGUCUCCUUUUACUCCUCUGCUUUUUGACUUGCAGUAAAAUCAAUAUAAAUAUAAACCAUUGAAUAAGAUUAAAGUUUAAAAUUAAAGCCAAAAAAUGACUGCUCUCUUGACAUGCCCGGCUUAGUAGUUUUCUUCGGAAUUUGAAUUAUUCGACAAGGUCAAUUGGGUUAUUAUAUCUUGUAAUCAAUCUGCUUCCCGUUGGUAAUCCAUUCUCUCAAUGCUUUCGCCGCAGUGUUUAGCUUUUAGUAAGAGUUCACUAUCCACCAUUUCUGACACAUUCAUAGUCAUUCUUGUCCAAUCACCUCAGCACGUCAGGGCACCAAACGGAGUCAAAACUGUUGGAGCCUUCUAAUCUGAUCUAUAUAAUUUCGGUUGACGUCGUUGACCCCGCCACUUGUGGUUCAUUUCAGGCACAGGGGGAGGUGACCUGGACUUCGGAGGGAUGGAUUUCUCGGUAUGAGCCAGUGAGGUUCCCUUUUGACUUUCCUUGAAAUGACGGUUCUUCAGAACUAAUCUCCCGCGCUUAAUCGUUCCGUGUAGAAAUUCGGUGACAUGGGAGGGGCUGGCGAGGGCCACGACCAUGGUCUCGAUCACAGCCAUGCCUUGGAUGAUGAUGAUCUGGAGGACAGCGAUGAGGACGGUAAAGAACCCUAAUACCCAUCUCGCCAUUUCUGGAGGAUCAUCCCCACUGGUGAGCUUAAAAUCGGCCUCCUUCCAGAUCAUGAAGCGGAGAAGAUCGAGCCGGCAGGGGAGAAGAGUGGAGAGGAAGCAAGCAAAGCAUAG